AUGACAAGCAUCGGACCAUCUCAUGGCCAGUUAACGCCGAGGGAUCCAAAGAAUAACCCUCUACGAAUCUUGCAAACUAUCAAAGAAAGUCAUGGCCGUCCAGCUCACAUAGUGGGACCAAUGGUCCGGUAUUCCAAACUACCGUUCAGAGAACUCGUUAGACAUUACAAUGCCGACAUCGUGUAUACCCCUAUGAUCCUAGCAAGAGAGUUUGUCAGAAACGACAUAGCUCGAAUCAGCGACUUCUCCACAAAUCUCAAUGAUACACCCGUUAUAGUCCAAGUUGGUUGCAACAACGUCAACGAUCUUCUCAAAUUUGUCGAGAUGAUGCACCCAUACGUUGAUGGAAUCGGCCUCAACUGCGGUUGCCCAAUCCGUGAACAAGUUCGUGAAGGUAUCGGAGCAGCCUUGAUGUCUGAGCCUGACCUUGUAGCCGAAAUGGUCAAAGCAGUCAAAGAUAAAUACGGCGACAAGGUAUGCAUCGAGACCAAAAUCAGAAUUCAUAGCGACUUAAGCGAAACCAAAAGAUUCGUGAAAGAGGUGGAAAGCGCUGGCGUGGACUUCAUCACGGUUCAUGGACGGACUAAAACAACUCGUUCAUCUCAGCCCGCAAACUUGGAUGCAAUUAAACUCGUGAAGGAUACCGUCAAAGUGCCCGUUGUGGCUAAUGGCGACUGCUUCACCCAUGAAGACUUUGAAAGAAUCGCAGAAUACACAGGGGUUGACGGAGUAAUGGCAGUUCGUGGUGCAUUAGCCAACCCUGCAAUCUUUGCAAAACACAAAACGGCACCAUGGUCUGCAGUGGAGAUCUUCUUUGAUCUUGCUCUCAGCUAUGGUUUGCCAUAUCGCAUCACUCAACAUCAUCUUUCGGAAAUGUUCAGCGCCAUGAUACCUAGGCUGUACGUGAAAGAGAUGAAUGAGAUACCAAAUCUUAUAGAUCUCAUCGACUGGUUAGACCAGCAUUUCAUCCUCAAGCGCAGAGGUGAAGAUGGCUUCGGAACGGACAUAAAUGUUCCUUGGAAACACUCAGCAUAG